GUUGCCCGCAUCCGUGUGUAUGAGGGCUCCUGGAAGACCAGUCCCUCGGGUGAGCUUCAGCCACGUGAAAGACGUGGCGACGUGGAGGCCGCCUUGGACGUAGCAACCGUCGAGGGCCACGUUUGGGCCAAGAUGCCUGGAAAAGUCAAAAAGGCCCUCCAGGCAGAAGGAUCGAUGAUGGCACCACUGGUGCGCUAG